AUGGAUUAUGAUUCCUUAUAUAAAUAAAUUCCAAAAGAACCAAAAAAGUGGUUAACUUAAGAUGUAGUAAAUUGGUUGAAAUUUAUAGGUCUUGAAUAAAUGGAAUCUAAAUUUGGUAUUGAUUACUCGCUAAUAUUAGUUGAAAGUUCUAUUGAUGGUUCAGUAUUAGAAGAUUUAACUGAAAAGGAUUUAGAAGAAGAAUUAGGUGUCACUCAAAGAAUUCUUAAAAAAAAAUUGUUAAAUUGUAAUAUUUCUUAAAAAUCAAUAGGGGUUAAUAAUGGUUUUAAAGAAUAUAGCGAUUAUUUAAAGCAGCUUAAACAAUAAAGUCUUAAUAAUAAACGAUAAUAAGAUGAAGAUUUUACUAUUCAAAAAAAUAAUCAAUUUUAGUAGAUGUUAUUAGAAAAUUAAGAAAAUAAUAAUCAUCAUUAUAAUCAAUUUCCUUAUUAAAAUGUUAAGAUAGAAGAGCAAGUAAUAAAAUAAGAAAUAGAAUCAAAUAAUAAAUUUGAGCACUAAUUAAUAUUAUAACCAAUUGAAGGAUAACAAUCCAACUUUUAUUGUGUAAGAGAAACAGGAGCAAAAAUAGGAAGACAUUCUAGCAAUUAGAUACUAAUUUUAGAUGAAAAUAUUAGUAGAUUCCAUGCUGAAAUUAUUUUUUAAGAUCAAAUAGUAUUUUUUACUGCAAUCUUAGUUUGCUCUAAAGGAUGUCGGAAGUACAACAGGAACAUUUAUUAAGAUCAUUAAAAGUCUUAACUUAAAAUCUGAUAUGCUAAUAGAAUUAGGCAGCAAUCAAUUUUAAGUGCUAAGAAUUGAUCAAGUGGAUAAUGAAGGACUUGAAGUAAUCUAUUAAAUAUAUAUCGAAAGAUUACUUUAUAAGUAAUUGAAGGACCAAAUUUAGAAGAUACAAUUGUUUUCUAAUUAAAUAAAGAUAAAUCCUCUGUUACAUUUGGUAGAAAAUCUACUGUGGAUAUUUCAUUUCCAGAAGAUCAUCAUCUAUCAAAUUAACAUGCUAAAUUUUAUUUAUUAGAUUCUAUUGUGUUAUUAUAAGAUCAUGGAUCAACAAAUGGGUAUUCUUAUAGCUAAUAAUUUUAAGUUCUUGGUUGAGAUUAUCUGGAGAGGGGAAAAUGAGUAAUUUGUAUUAUUUAGAACCAGUUGAAGAAACUGUGAUAAGAAUUGGGACAAUAAAUCAAUACUUGUGUUAAUAGAAUAAGAUGAAGGUAAGUGAAAUACAAGGAGAUAAUUUAUGUAUAAUUUGUUUUGAAAAAGAGAGAGAUUCCUUAAUUUUGCCCUGUAAACACAAUGCCACUUGUUUAAAAUGUAGUUAGAAUCUAACAAUUUGUCCUUUGUGUAGAGUUUAGAUUCAAGAAACUAUGCGAAUAUAUAAAAAUUGA